CGUACCUGCGCACACAACUUUAAAGAUAAGUACCGUUUUAAUAUUUCUUUUCCAGGCCUACAUGACAACAGAAUGAGCGAACAAUACAAGGACCACGAACAUCCUAAAUGUAGCGAUGACAUUGAGUUACACACACUUAGACGUCUAACGUCCAGGGUAGUGAAGCCGGUGCUUGAGACAGAUCCGUCUUUAGAGGAAAUCUUCCUUCGGGCUGCAGAGAAAGGCGAUCUAGAAGCGGUCAAUUAUGCGUUACUGCACAAAGACUCAUUCGACAUCAAAUGUCUAGACAAGAACGGUGACAGUGCCUUGCAAUUGGCAAUUAGGAAUUCAAAUGCAGAGGUUGUUAAGGUGAUGUUAGAGGGCGGUAUACAUCCAGGCGAUUCACUAUUGAGGGCGGUUGAUAGGCAGAAUCUAAAGAUAGUAGACAUUAUUCUUAACUUCGCAAAUUCACCUAAGGGACGAGAACAUGAUAUUAUCAACUCCGGUACUGAUUCGGAUGAUUUUCAUCCAGUUGUUACACCUCUUAUGCUAGCAGCACAGAACAAUAAUCACGACAUUAUCAGAACACUGAUAUUGAAUGGGGCAAAGCUCAUCGACGAUCCAGGGAUUCCAGAGAGUUCAGAGAAUUGUCACACAGUGGAGUAUUCUCUCGGGAUCCUUCAGAUAUACAGAGCGCUUUCUGGUGAAUUCUACAUCGCUCUUACCAGCAAGGACCCUAUUGAAACAUCGUUUUCGUUGUGUCGCCGUUUGAAGAAACUCGAAGAUAAAGAGUACGAAUUCAGAACUGAGUACGAAGAACUACAGACACAGGUUGAGAAAUUUAGUGCUAGUCUUCUUGACCAGCUGCGUGGGUCGAACGAGCUGGAAACUGUUUUGACGCAUAACUUGAGAGCCUGGGAAGAAGACUACACGACGGUUUCCGAUAACCAGCUACUGAAGCUACAGAUGGCUAUAGAACACAAGCAAAAAGAAUUUGUGGCUCAUCCCAAUUGCCAAUUAAUAUUGACAAAACGUUGGUAUGAGGGACUUCCUUCAGGUUGGCGUGAUUACUCUGUAAUACGUGACUUGAUUGGCAGUUUAAUAAUCGGUUGCUCAUAUCCACUCUUCUCAAUACUGUACAUUUGUUAUCCAUUUGGUUGGAUCAAGAAAUUUGUCAGUUCACCGCAUGCCAAGUACAUUGUGAAUGUAGUUUUAUCAGGGACUUACGUUUUAACUGAUGACCAAUGGGUGAUAGGAAGCACCUUGUCCGAUAAUGGAGUAAUGUUGAUCCUUUUGAACUUAGAUGUAUGGGCAAAAUUUUGCUGGUUCUUAAUUUUAAAAAAGAGUGUAUCAUGCGCCUAUCAAGAGCCUUUUUUUGUAUUCGUGAAUUUGCUACAGUCCCACUGUUCUAUAGUACAGAAACUCAUAGCCCGUAAUAUUUCACCUUUUCAGAUACUCAGAGAGAGUGAUUCGUAUUAUACUAAGCAAGAACAGUGCCACUUCUUAAACUCUGGCCCACCCUGCUUUGGAGACUACUAUAGUUUAUCAAAUAACACAACUUGCUGUGAUCCGGAAUACAGCCUUUAUAAUGAUUGCUUAAAUAGACAGUGUAACGAUGGUACAAUGUACGAUGGUGAAAAGUGUGUAAAGCGGUAUCUUAAUACAACAAUGCACAGAUGGCUGACAGUGCCCGCCGCCAUUUUGUGCCCAACUGAUACAGCAUGGGACGGUGAAAAAUGUCGCCAGCUUCCUGAGUGCCAAAACGACUACGUGCUGUAUGGCAGUUUGUUUUCAUGUUGUUUGAUGGAUCUAGAUAACGCUGUUUGUGUGUCGUACCGUUGCGUAAAAGACGGAAAACAUUACGAUUACGACGGCGAACAAUGUUACCUUUACGAGGAAGGAAGUUACGUCGUUUACAGCAAUGCCAGUCUUCCAAAACACGAUAUUGAUAUGUGUGAGGAAUCGGAUGAUUACAAUCUAGCGUUACAGACAUUAGAAGCUCUGUUACGUAAUUGUGGUGGACAACCAGUCGACCAGAAGCAGCUGAAAGACGCCAUUGAUGGUCUGAUAACGCCAGAGCCUGCGUUUGGUUACCUUGAGGUUGAUGAAAAGUUCGACAUUAGGAAAAAUGGAAGUCUGAAGGACACAAUCCACCCUUCGUUGUCAAGUCUGUAUUACGAAGAAUACCAAAGUAUUUCAGAAUAUUUCCUCAAUAAAUAUAGUUUCCGUUACAGCAGGUCUGACUGGAAUUACGCAGACCCGAACCUCAUCGCAGAAGCUAUGUUCGCUAUUGGUAACAUCUGUAGCUUUCUGAGACUGCUACUACUGAUCGCCGUCAGUCGUUCCGUAGGGCCGCUAGAGAUCUCCCUAGAGAGGAUGUAUAAAGAUAUUGGCCGGUUCCUCUUGAUCUUUAUCGUCAUUUGGUGGGCUUUUACGAUGGGUAUGACACAACUAUAUUAUCCAUACGCAUCGGGAGUGAUCCUUGAAUGUAUUGAGAAUGGAGGCCAACAGAGUGAAUGCCUCAACAGUCCAUUUGCUAGUUUUUUUAAGGGAAUGGAGACGUUAUUUUGGGGACUUGUUGGACUCGGCGAUCUUAGUAUUCUAGAGACAAAUACUGACCACGUGAUAACAGAAGGUGUGGGCACGUUUAUGUACGCCACAUACACUGUGAUGGCCGUCAUCGUGCUUUUGAAUCUACUAAUCGCCAUGUUGAGCAACACGUUUAGUAGAGUUGAGGACAACUCAGAUAUUGAAUGGAAGUUCAGUCGCUCGGCUAUAUGGAUUGGCUACUUUGAUAAGCAAGUAGAGCUUCCGAUUCCGUUUAACAUUCUACCGACGCCGAAACAUAUAUUCGACAAUUGUAGAAGUUUCCUCAACAUGUGUUGCUUUCACAAAGCAGAAAAGGAGCUAAAAAGGAAAUACAAAGAAAAAAUUAAGAAAAAGAAUCAGGAAUACCAGGAAGUGAUGGAUAAUCUAGUAGCUCGGUAUAUAGCCGAUAAGCGAUCGUCUGCAUUUGACACAGACGAUGCCGUAACUCAGUCUGACGUCAUCGAUAUCAGGUCGGAUGUCUCUGAUCUAAGAAACGAAGUGCUCGAACUUUUUCGCAACGUUGAGGGAGCUAUAUCCAAUUGCAUAGGUACAUGCGAUGAGAUUUUUGAUAGUGUUAUGGAUUUUGGCGAUGCCUUAGACAUACUUAAUGGGCGUGAAGCAGGCGACAAGAAAGUAGUCAAGAAACGAGAAAACCGCAACAAAAAUCUUAGUAAAUUUCAAGAAAAGCUGAUCACUCAAAAACAACCUGACGUACACGCUACACAGAAUAAAACACCAACUGCGCUCAAGCGCCGUACAAGGAUUGUGGAGCAUCAAUCUGGCCUUGAUGCCACUCAGCCGGAAGAUGUUGAAGGAGAGAAUGAAGAAGGGAUUUCUUCCUUCUUUCAAAAAAUCGGAAAUCUCUUGGUUUGAUCGAUCCUUCAAACUGUACAGUACACUAGCCAGGUGACAAUAUGAAAUAUUUCCAUUGAGGAAAAUAUACACAAUUUGCUGUUACAAUGAGUUUCUAGACAUUGCCUGUGAAAAUCUAAAAAAAUAACCGUGCAUAGGCCUAUUUUCUAUUAUAAAGUUCAUAGGAUUUUAAUGGGGGUACGUGUGAAUGAAUACUAUUAAGUGUAAUCUAAAUAGACGAUCAGAGCAUGUCCAAAAGAUUGUGUAUGUUAGUUUGGAAUGUAUAAAUAAUGUGUAGAUUUAUCUUACGUAAAUCUUUGUUGAGAACAUGCCCAUUGGUUUAAUAAUUGUUUUACUUAGAGUUCGUGUCUGAAAAAAAAGCUAAGUCAUUUGCUCUUGUACGCUCGUGUUUAGUUAUGUUAAUUGUAUAUAACAUAAUAGGCUAUUUAUUAUUAUUUAUUGCGUAUUACCCAAUACCUUUAGAAAAAGCGUGGCCAAAUAGGAAAAUCCAAGAGAUACAAUUUGGCCUCAUAACUUGUAGAGCAACCGAGCAGUUAUAUACAUGUAUAUAUGGACCAAUAUAUCGCCAGGUGACAAUAUGAAAUAUUUCCAUUGAGGAAAAUAUACACAAUUUGCUGUUACAAUGAGCUAGACAUUGACUGUGGAAAUCUAAAAAAUAACCGUGCAUAUUUUCUAUUAUAAAAUUCAUAGGAUUUUAAUGAGGGUACGUGUGAAGGAAUUAAGUGUAAUCUAAAUAGACGAUCAGAGCAUGUCCAAAAAGAUAGUGUAUGUUAGUUUGGAAUAUAUAAAUAAUGUGUAGAUUUAUCUUACGUAAAUCUUUGUUGAGAACAUGCUCAUUGGUUUAAUAAUUGUUUUACUCAGAGUUCGUGUCGGAGAAAAAGCUAAGUCAUUUGCUCUUGGGGAGGGGACGUUAUGUUGUUGGUUUUCUGUGCAAUAAUUAAACUAAUAAUUGAAAAAGAGUAAUGGAGUGCGUGUCCAUGUAAUGUUAGGCCCAUAUGUAUGCUCGUGUUUAGUUAUGUUAAUUGUAUAUAAC